AUGACCAAGGCCCCAUUCUCUGUGGAAUGGCUCUCCCAGAGCAGCCGGAAGCCCUCACACCUUGGCCAAGGUGACUCUGAGGCUUUCAUUGGAGAGGGAGGCCGAGGCCCCCACAUCCUCGCAAAGGAUCUUCUUUUUUCGUGGCCCCCUGAUACCUUGGGGUCAGAAGGUCCUUCUACGAGUUCCCGGCCCCCGGAGCUACCUGCUGCCACCGUCGGAGGGCUUAAACUUCCUAAGGGGCCUCCUGUCUCCCAAGAAUCCAGAUCUCUGGGCGAGGAGGCUUCCCCUGAGGUCAGCAGUGGCAGCUCUGGGCUACCGGAGGGCCCAAGCCCGGAACCCCAUGGACGGGGAGCCCGCCGCCUUCGCACCGCUUUCACGACCAAACAGAUCAGCACGCUGGAGAGCUCCUUCAAACGCCACCACUAUCUGGGCGCUGCCGAGAGGCGCAAACUGGCGGGCAAGAUGCAACUGUCUGAAGUUCAGAUAAAAACCUGGUUCCAGAAUCGCCGCAUGAAGCUGAAGCGCCAGCUGCAGGAUUUGAGACCCCCAGACCCUCCUCCAGGCUUCCCCCUCCACCUCUACAGCCCCCUGCUUCUGCGCUCUGCACCAGUGCCGCCACCAGGCCUGCCGUACGUGUACCCCAGCUCCCCGCAGCUCCGUGUCCCCAGACUCGUCCAGGAACCCUUUGUUGGUGGCCUGGCCCUCCUCCCACAUCUGCCCCCUCUGCCUUUACCCCCCAGUUCCUGCAAAGCGGCCCCUCCUGCCAUCCCGUCUGUGCUGGCCUGUCUGCUUAGCGGUUGCCCAGACCAGGCCUCCUUCCUAAGAGCAUUGUGA